AUGCCCAAGGCCCAGCGCGAGAAGGCGGAACGGAACGGCCCUACCACAGCGACGAAGAGGCCACGCAAGGCCGCAUUGGGCAAGAGGGUGACGCGUGACCAAAGAGGGCAAGGCGCGCGUGCAUCCGACGUCGAACCGUCGACCGCGUUUGCAGACACAUUUUCUGCGCUUCCUCCUUCCACCGCGUCUCCCAUCCCUAAUCCCUUCCAGACACCGACUCUACACUUCUCUUACUACAACCCACAGGCUACCGGCCAAGACCUCAACGACUACGACAUGGACAUGAACGAUCCAACGACUUCCGAUAAACCCAUCAAGACGCCCCGUCCCCCCAACGCGUGGAUCAUCUACCGCUCAGACCACAUCGGCAAGUAUCAGCAGCCUGUCGGUAAGCCUCCCAUGCUCCAGGCAGAGGUCUCGAAGCUCUUGGGCAAGCAGUGGCGCGAAGAGAGUGCUGCCGUACGCGCCGAAUACGAGCGACGCGCCGAGGUGGCCAAAGCGGAGCACGCAGUGAGAUACCCUGGCUAUCGUUUCAAGCCAGAGAAAAAGGAGGUGAAGAUACAGCGUAGGGCAGACGAGAAGGCGGAGAAGGAGAGAUCUCGUGCUGCUGCUCGUGCCGCACGCUCGGCCCCAUACUCUGCCAACAGCUUCGUGUCCGCCGCCCAAGGCGCGCCACCUCCCCCGCCCCGCCCGAUCAUCAUCCGCCACUAUUGCGAGCGCGGGCCCUCGCCACCUUUGUUCCUCGCCCACGUUCCUGGCCCUCACCCAGCCUCCCCACUCACCCCAUCAUCCCCAUCAUCAACCUCUGAGUCCAGUCCUAGUCCUGAGACCGCUGCGCCACAACUACCCCCAUCCCCCGAGCAGACCGCAGAUGAACCUGCCGACGCGCCACACACCUCCCCCGUACCAGAGUCGGAGCCAGAGCCGGAACCCAAGGCAAGGGAAGAACCGGAGCCGGAACCCGAGCCUCAGCCUCAGCCUCAGCCCCAGCCUGCUAGAGAGCCUUCUCCAGAGCCUUCUCCAGUGCUCCCCACUCCUUCAGACUCCAACCAACUCUUUCCAUCCCGGCCCCCGUCGCCACUUGGGCCCGAACUGUCUCUUCCGGCCUUGUCCCAGCCAUCGGCGUCAGAGUGGCCUCCGAGCACGCAGGAAUCUUCGUCGGCGUUGCUUCAGAAUGAGUACGAGCAAUGGAACUUGGACCUUCCGGCAGGAGACGGAUCUUCACAGUUCUCACUCGCUCCUGGCUUCUCCGAUUCUGUCCCUGUCACCCUCGAUGCCUUUGAUCCUGAGGUAUGGGCGUCGUUCGGACUGAAUACUUCGGGCAUAUUCCACUUGCAGCAAGGCAUGGGCAGUGAUUUGCAAAAUGCUCUCCCGCCCCAACAGCUUGACGUUUCUUUCGGCCUGCCGUUCCAGGACGCCUCUAACGGCCUGGGUUCAGAGAUGGCUUCAUUCAUACAAAACUUUGGGGCCUUCCAAGAUACUGCCAAUACUCAGUCGUGGGAACAGCAAUUCCCUGAUCUUGAUUUGCCACAAGUCCUCCAAGGCUGGCCCCAGAAUCAGCUCACCGACGAUACUCAGUCCAGCGCUGCCAACGGUGUGGAAGCGAUGUUGCAAUACGUGAACUACGACGAUGGGGAGUCUUCUCACUCCCCGACACAUCCAGACGCGAAUUACGAUCCCGUUCCGCGCACUGAGGAUGACACUCAGCAGGCUUCCACUUCCCAUGACUCGGGCACGUCUUCGUCACCUUCAGCGCUUGCGUCUGUACCCGCCCCUGCUCCUGCUUCGCCUCCUGCGCCUCCUUCUCCCGCGCCUUCUCCUCCGCCACCCCAGCCGUACAAGCCUCCCUCGGGUGCCUCUAACGCUAGCAGUCGUCGGGUUGGUGGUACUUGGAAGCCUCCUGUCGCUUAGGCGAAUGUUUUUCGGGACUAUCCUUCAGUAGGUGCAUCUGCGCUGCGCUUGGGAGAUGUAAGCCGGACAAUUUGCGAGCUGGGUUUGCGCAUUUUCGUAUCGUUAUUUUCCACCAUCACGACUUCCACCUCGCCACAGCGCUUUUUUUCUUUUUUUCACAUCAUGGGAACUAGUUGCUAGAGUCGUUGUUUGACCUUUACCGUAUGUAUAAUCUUUUGUCCUCGCUCUGUACAAUAUCACACUCGCAUCGCAUAUCCCCCCCCACUCUCCUUUUGACGCUGUCAUGCUCUAACGCUCUUCGCCGCUUCGUUGCAUAUGUCCUACUCGUGUCUUGUCGCUUUUUCGCUGUCCAUUAUCGCUUCUUUUCGCGUCAUUGUCGUACUUGCUGUCGCUGCUUACGACUAUCCCUGCCACCUGCCACCUACCCCUAUCCACGAUCUCUCAUCCAAGCAUCUGUGUGUACCGCUCUCAUAUCUACUUCUGAUUGGCGAUGUCCCGCCGCCAUUAUACUUGCUUUGUGUUUUCCACACCAACCCGUCAUCCCUGUUUUCUCGCAUUGCCUUUCUCUUUCUCUCACCAAUCAUCUUCAUACCUUCUAAUGGCUAUCCAUCCAACGCUCCCCUUGCUGCCCUUCGUCGCUCUCCCAUCAUUUAUCAUGUUAUUGUUCAUUAGUAUUGCUUUGGGCCGCGUUUCAAUCUCUCUUUGUUUCUCUCCUUUUUCCUUUCCAUUCUACUCGACUCUCCUGCAAUCGGCGUUUGAAUAUCAUACAGUUCCCGGCACCGAAUCGAGUUCCUCACCAUGCUCACC